AUGCGCAAGGGGCCCGAGAACAAAACAUCUUAUCAUUCGAAAGCAGCGGGAGCCCCUAACUGUCAAGCGAAAGAAACGAAGCGAGAUUAUCCUUCAGAAUGUGGAAUAUCCGACGUCGACUCAUCAAGCGAUGAUGAAACGGACGCGGACAAUGACGACAUCAUCUUCAAGGCAAGGAGUAGAAGCUUGGAAGUAGAAGAAUCCCUCUCGGAAGACGAAGCUGAAUUGCCAAGGAACGCCGCCUCCUCGAAACAAGGUGACAAGUACAAAUGGAGGAAGACAAGUUUCGACCACGACUUCCGAGCUCCAAAACCGCAGUUAGAGCUUGCACCGGAGGAUCUCACUCCACUGCAGUAUUUCCAGAUGUAUUUUGGCGAUGAGUUCAUUGAGAAGGUGGUUUACGAGACAAAUCUGUAUUCCACUCAACAGACCGGAAGCUCAAUCAACACGAACGUUGCAGAGUUAAGGUCCUUCAUCGGAAUUCUUCAUAUGAUGGGCGUCAUCGGAAUGCCUUCGUUUGAAGACUACAGGGCCAGUCAAACAAGAUGUGACAAGAUCGCCAAUGUGAUGCCUGUAAAACGGUUCAAGAAGCUCCGAAGGUUCAUCCAUUUUAUUGAUAACCUCCAGCCAGUUGAAACUGACAGAGCCUACAAGAUUAAACCUGUGCUUGAGCACAUUCGGAGCAAAUGCAAGGUCACAGAGAGCGAAAAUCUCUUCUCCAUUGAUGAGAUGAUGAUCCCGUACAAGGGUAAAAAGGCGGGAAACCUGAGGCAGUUCCUCCCCAAAAGACCUAAAAAGUGGGGCUUCAAUCUGUUUGUACGUGCGGGUGUUUCUUAG